AAUUCAUCCCGCGUGGCCCUUCUCCGAAACGUUUUCUUCCCGCACACAAGUACUGGGGAAACAAGAGGGCGAGCGCACAAGGGGCCUGACCAGCGGCGACGGCGCGCGGCGGUCGACGGAGGCUGGCGGCGCAGUCCAAGUUUACAAUGGAUGAAUCACGAAAAAGAGCUGCCUCUAAUGCGAAUGCUAAAAAUAUAAAAUCAUCCCUUGACGAAGACUUUGGCAACGAUUUUCUUUCAUCUUGGAAGUUACCAAAAUCAGGAAAAGACACAAUAGACUUCGAUGUCGAAUCAGUUCUGAAGAAUAGCAACAAGUUUAGCUUCGACAACCUUGAUGAUUUUGGACUUGAUGGAGCUUUUGACAAAUUAUCAUCAUUUAAAAUGGGCAUGCCUGAUCUAGAUUUCUCUAGUCCCCUCAAGAAAAAAGUGAAGCACAACAGUUCAAAUGGCAAGGAUCUUUCUGAAGGGAAAAAAGAAACUGAAAGAGACAACUUCUCCUUUUCUUUUGAUUUUAAUGAGCUGGGCAAGUUCAAUCUUGACACAAAGUUGGCCUUUGAGGAAAAUGGUAUGUGUAAUACAGAAAAAACUGGCCUUAUCUCUUCAGAGGGUAAUAAGGAUCCACAAAGAGGUAUUUCAGACAAAGGCACUGAUGUUGCCGAAGAUAGUACGAGUAAGGAACAAACACAGACACAGGGUGCUUGCACUUUGAAGCCUACUCAUUUGACAAGCAUUGAUCCUGCGAGAAUGGAGCAACUUAAAGUAGACACUGUGUCGAAUGAUAUGCUUGGAGAGCACUCCAAUGAGACAAACCCAACAAAAAUGACUGUUAACAAUUCUUCUUGGAGUAUUCCCUGCAGUGCUGUUUCUGGUGAAGACCCAAUACAUCCCAAAGCGAUAGCUGUUCCCGAGAACAGUAAGGAAACUCCUGUGGUAGACCUUAGUAAAGUUAGUAUAUCAAGGGAGAAUAAUAAUAGUGAGCAAUCAGUUAGUUCACAAUCCAGAAACACCAGCACUGGGAAUCUCUACAUCUCAAGAAGAACAAUAGGUCAAUCAAAUUCUCAAAAUAACCAGAAUGAGGUUAUGGAGGAUAGUACAUCUCUUAAUGAAGGAAGUCAUGGUAGCCAAUGUUUUAGAGACACUUCAUUGAAGCCUGUAAAGCAGACAUUAUGUGGGACAAAGAAUGUUGAGGAAGGGACUUCAGAUCCAAAGAAUCUCUCUUCAUCAAUGCAGAGGGAAAUCAGAAACUUCAAACCUCCAUUGGUGAAUGAUACAGGAAAUUUUUCUCUUCUUUCCAAGGCUGAGAAUACAAAAGCAAGCAGGCCUCCCAAACUAACUUCAGUAACUACCUUAAAUCAAUUAAGUGGUGCUGAUAACGUGAUCAAAAAGACAAAUACACAUCCUACAGACCUGAAAAGGGAACACAAGCAUGCAAAACCUGAAAAACCUCAAAUCACUUCGGCAAGAACAUACUGCAAACCUGUAUUACAGGGGUUCUCAGCCACCUCCUUGAAUGCCAAACACGGACUUGAGCCACUUAGAGCAGGCAACUCAUCCAUACUGAAUGCUCCAAGCAGUAUAGCUCAUAGCUCUGGAUAUAACAAUCUAACAAGUCUACAUGGCACUCCUUCCAAAGAUGAUAAAAGACCAGCAGCUUUUCAACUGACAGGAUCAAGAGUUUCAAAAGUAGGCACAAGAAGCCCAAAGCCUGGCUUGCUUCUGGAGAAAGAUUCGGUAGAAGUGAGGAAGGGCUCCCCUGUAAUAACACCCAAGAUCUCGAACUCCUUUGUUGAAGCAAAACCUGCAUUGCUUAGCCCUUGCAUUAGGCAAAAUAUACCUGAGGAAUCAUUUCCAGAUCCAAAAUCUCCCGCGGUGCUGAAAAACAUCAUGAGAUCUCCAGCUGUGAGCAAAUCACCACAAACUGUUCCAAAGCUGGGGAAUAAAACAAUUCUAAGUGGAACCCCGAAAGCUUGUAUGGAUAAUGUGGUUUCUUCGACAAUACCAUGUGAAAUCGGGGGCAUUUCAGACCUAGAAUUGCCUGCACUGUUAGAAGAUGCUGGAAAUGUAGACAAAGCUGAGGCUUGUAGAAAGGAGCUUGAAGAUAUGUGCAUUUUGCUGAAAAGGAAACACACAGAAGCUAAAGAACUAGCAGUUCGGGCUAUUGUUAACAACAACAUGAUGCUGAUGCUAAACCACCCAAUGUUCGAGGAGAAAAUUUCUGCUCUGCAGAAAUACGCCAACAGCCUGAGAUCCAAGACGCACUUAUUUGAGGAAAUUAAUGCCGUUGAUACUGUAGCAUUGAUGCAGGAGUGCUGUGGAGAGAAGAUGAUUUGUCUAGGAGGAACACGGGCUAUGUAAAUUCAACGAGAGAACAUAUAUGUGAUCCAGUAUAUACGUAAUGCUGAGGUGAAGUUCUAAGUUCAAACACUCUGAAUAGCAAACUUAGUCACACGAUUUGUCUGUAGAGGGAUUUUGCUUACCUAGUCUAGCAGUCGUGAAGUGUCGUGUCCCUACCUUCCUACUCAGUAUUCACCUGAUAGAUCCGAGGGGUAUGCUGGUAUUAGUAGUUAGAUUGAUUCAACUAGCACUCAAACGGACGACAAUCCAAGAGGUCAUAUAUACGAAGCUUAGUUCAGACCAAAUACAACUGAAAAAAAGUUGUUCACAAGUUAUAGUGAAUAAUAAGCAUCGAAUUAUUAUGGUGGGUGACUAGGCAUCCAAUUCCAUCUUAA